AUGCCCUCCUGCACCGUCCACUUCCCGACGACCUACACCGCCGCCCGCUGGCUGGCCCUCCGCUCCGAGAUUGUCGAUGCGCUGCAUCUAUCCAAUUCGCACGACUUUGAGCUCGACGUCUCCUUCUCCCACGGCACGAGUGUCACUGUCAACCUGAAGGAUGGCGACGAGGACGUUGCACGCCAGCUCGAGCGCCUCGCGCGCGAUUUCGACGGAAGGCCCGCCGACCCCGAGAGCGAUUACUCCAGCGCUAGCGAGGGAGGGUACUCGCCUCCGUAA